AUGAAUGACCAAUUCAAAAAUGAUAUAGAAAGAAUUUAGAAACUUAUUGUUUCAAUCAAAUCAGAUAUGAAUAGAAGGGAAUAAAAAUAGAAGUCAGGAUAGUAAAUAACUAUGAUUGAAGGAGAAAUUAGAGGAUAAUUAUCAAAUUUAGGUAUAAUAGAUUUAGAAAUAAAUUAAUAGAUCGUGAAUUGGUGUUAAUGGUUGAUGUUUUGAAACUUCAAGAAAACAAUUAAAUGGAGAAAGAAAAUGAAAAAAGAAAAAAUGAUAUUUAAGAAUUGAAAAAUCAGAGAGAUUUGAUUAAGGAAUAAUUUAAUAAAGCUGUUUAAGAUACUAAAUAAGAAGUGGCCAUGUAAAAUUUAAAAAGAGAUGAUUCUAAAUUAGCUGCUAUGAAUAAUUAAGAGCUACAUAAAAACUAAAAAGAUUUAUAAGUUUAAUAAGAUUAAUUAUUGGAUAGAACCAAUGAUUAGGUAUGAUUGUUUAUAAAUUAAAUAGGCAGAUCAAUUAAAAUAAAAAGGAAAACAAAUUAACCUUACAAUAGAUGAAUAAAAUGCAUAAUUAGAUUAAUUAAACAUAGAUGUUGAAAAGACAAAUAAGAAGAUGAUGAAAACAAAUAAUAAAUUAGUGAAAUUGAUUGCCAAAUCUUCAAAUUUUGGAUUAUUAAUUGUUAUAGGAAUAGAACUAUUUGUACUUGUUUAUAUAAUUCUUUGGUUUGCUUUUAGUUGA